AUGCAGGCGCUAUUCUGUCUUUUUCUUCUCUUUGCGUCUAUUCUUGCCAGUCCCGUGGAAAAUACUGAAAUCAUAGGAGAUGACCGACUAGGCUGGUCCUUGUCUAAGCAUAUUUUUGCGAAGACGGUGGAGCUUAUGCCGCACUUGGAAGACACAGAAAAAAAGGCGCACUUGAAGAAGAUGCUCGACGCCUCCAAAGACGCCUCUGGCAGUCUUCGCUUAAUGACAAAUGGGGACCUCUACGCCUUUCUUUCUGUAAUUAGCGGAAAUGUAUGUAAGUCCGCAACUUACAUAGAAACGCCCCACCUGCGGAAUAAAGUAAUACAGAAGCUGCUGAGCCUCCAGAUCCAUCUGGAGGAGCGGGCCAUUCUUGAAACAGGAACCAGGAAGGACCUGUGCGCCCUCUCCAUGGACGCUAUCUCGUGUGUUUUUCAGGUUGUUUUUCAACAAAGCAACAACCCACCGAAAACACACGCCGUAUUUUCCUUGUACAACGACAUCUUUUAUAUGAUAUUUACACUAACCCACGAGAUCAACCCCAUGAUCAAUAAAAGCAUGUUGAGGCGGGUUCUGGAACUUAACCAUCUGCGCCGGACUUGCUUUGUGGGCAUGUCAUUGCCGGAUACUCCGUGA